AACGAUAUGUCAUUAAAUGUUUUUAAUAUUGAUUGAGAAAUGGCUAAAACAACGCACGGCAAGCGAAAACCUUGGGUGAAAAAUCUCUAUUCGAAUCGCGAAUAUCCGGACAACUAUACGGAUGUGAGUUUCCUCAAGGAUUUGCGCACAAAUCUGCACGUUCGUCGUUAUACUCUGGGCGAAACAAUUGGCGGCAUAACCGUAUUGAAUAAUCAAAUUUCCUGCAUAACCGGCUUCCUGAUACUCUACCAUCUGAUGCUGAGCGAUAUGGUGGCACCGACCAGCAUCUUGGUGCCCACUUGCAUUAUCACAGCCAUUGGAUAUUUGUAUUAUCGUGGCAGCAGUUUGAGCAUGACGCUGCUUGGCGAGGAUUCCAAGACGCUCGUCACCGUGCUGCUAUUUGGUUACAUCUUUAGCCCAAUGCUGCACACACUGACCCAGGCCAUUAGCACAGAUACGAUUUAUACGACCACAUUCUUUGUGAUGCUCUUCAAUCUGAUGUUCACGGAUUACGGACUGGAUGUGGCCAUGGUAUCCAAGGCCAUAUCAUUGAAUGCUGCCAUCUUUGGAGCCAUCUGUUUGGCCUCCCGUCUGUCCACGUCGUAUCAUGCCUUUGUGCUGCUCGUGGAAGCUGCCAUCUUCUUUGUGCUGUAUCCCAUUAUGACGUCGGCCAGAUGGCAUCCGUAUUGCAUGGUGCCCAUCUUUACCAUAUGCUGCGGAGCACUCUAUAUUAUAUCCCGACCAGUGCUCUAUCUAUAUGCCUGCUCCACGCUCUUCAUCAAUUUCGUCUGUCCGUUUAUAUUCGUGCGGCAGCAGCGCUACAAGUUCAACAUCCACGGUCCCUGGGAUGAGGCAAUUGUGGAGGAGAACACUGAAGAGAAUCUCGAUGAGAAUUUAUAGCGCCAGCUUCGCUUCUCAGAGAUGCAAAGCAUCGAUGAUGGGGAGCAUAUCUUAGACUAUUAACUUUUAAAUUAUUUUUAAGCACUUUACACUUGUAAUAUAAACAUAUAUUUUGCCCAUUCCAAUUUAAUGAGCUUUACUAAGCAGCUAUUCUUUUCUUUUUGAAAUUUUUAUUAAACUUGUUAUAUAGCUAAAUAAUUCUGUAAAUAAAACAAAAUGUUAAAAUGCAAUUUAUACAUGUAAAGAUUAAAA